CCCCCGUCCUCCCUCACCGUCGGCCAUGACCGUCCUCCACAAUGCGCGACUGUAUUCUCAGUACCUCCCCCUUUCUCGCCUUCAGUCACAGCAUCCCUGCCUCCCUUUCUCAUUCCACAGCCGGCUCCUACUCAAUUCUGAUAAAAACACUUUGAAAACACCUCGGUCUCUUCUCCUCCUCCAGACGGACUUCAUUACUUCAUUCCGAGUGCGCGGCGAUGCCUGCUCCAGAACCGAGGAUUUCUCUCCCUCGAGCAUGAAAAGGAUUGCCAAAUCAUCCGCAAUCCAACAUCACCGACUGAGCCACCAGCAUGAGCACUGGAUACAUAUGCUCCAGCACAAGUUGUUGGCUGACCAACUAAGCCAUCUUCCAGCGCAGAUACAGCGAAGAGGGGCGCAUCGCUUUUAAGGUCUCCACAUAAUGGAGCGAGAAUGAACAGAGAGCGGCUUAAGAAAAAGCAUGAACUGGAGGUUUAUUGAGGUCAUCUGCUUCCUGUUUAUAUGGGACCAUAUAACAGUUCAGUCUUCCCGCCAGGACCCGUCGGCCACUGAGCAGCAUGUCGCCAAACAGUAUGACUGGCUCAUCUCUGACCGUGGACCUUUCCACCACUCUGGGAGUUAUCUGUCCUUUGUGGAUAGAUUCCGCCAAGGAUUUACGACCAGAUAUAAAAUUUAUAGGGAAUUUGCACGUUGGAAGGUGAGGAACACGGCGAUCGAGCGGAGAGAUCUGAUCCGGAACCCGGUGCCGCUGAUGCCAGAGUUCCAGCGCAGCGUACGCCAGCUGGGCCGCAGACCGACGACUCAGCAGUUCAUCCACACCAUCAUUAAGAAAUAUGGAACGCACAUUCUCAUCUCAGCCACUCUGGGGGGAGAGGAAGCGCUGACGAUGUACCUGGCUAAAAACCGGCUGGACAGGAAGCUCGCCAAUGCCACUCAAAAUGUGGAAGCUCUCCAUCAGCUGGCCUCCUCCUACUUCAUCGACCGGGACGGCACGAUGAAGAAGCUGCACGAGAUCCAAAUUUCGACCAACGCCAUCAAGGUGACAGAGACUCUGACAGGACCGCUGGGAUGCAGUAGCUACGACAAUCUGGACUCUGUAAGCUCCAUCCUUCUGCAGAGCCCUGAGAGCAAGAUUCAUCUGCAAGGUCUUCAGGUCAUUUUCCCGGAAUACCUGCAGGAGAAAUUUGUCCAGUCCGCUCUGAGCUACAUCAUGUGUAACGGAGAGGGGGAGUAUCUCUGUCGGAACAACCAGUGCGUGUGUCAGUGUGCAGAGGAGUAUCCUCAGUGUAACUGUCCGAUCACCGACAUCCAGCUGAUGGAGAAAACUUUGCAAGGGAUGUCGGAGUCCUGGGCUUCCUCCUAUAAAGACUUUGAGAACUCUGAUGAGUUCAAGUCCUUUUUGAAGAGGCUGCCUUCGACUCACUUCCUGCCCAUCAACAGCGUCCACCUCCUGUGGGGGAGCGACUGGGACCUGCAAGCGCGCUACAGGCUCCUCCAGAGCUCCCUGGAGAUUCAGCGGCUCAAGAUCCAACGCACUGCCCGCAAGCUCUUUGGCCUCAGCAUCCGAUGUCACCACAACCCAAACCACCAGAUUCCAAGAGACAGGUCUGUCAUGCAGUGGCUCAACAGGGUCCAGUCUUUCCUGUACUGCAAUGAAAAUGGGUUCUGGGGCACCUUCCUGGAAAGCCAAAGAACAUGCGUGUGCCACACAGGAGUUACUCUGUGCCAGCGACCAAUCCCUUGUGUAAUCGGCGGCAACAACAGCUGUGCCAUGUGCAGCCUGGCCAACAUCUCCCAGUGUGGCUCCUGUAACAAGGGCUACAAGCUGUACCGCGGACGCUGCGAACCGCAGAACGUGGACUCCGAGCGCAGCGAGCAGUUUAUCAGCUUUGAAACGGAUCUGGACUUUCAGGACCUAGAACUCAAGUAUUUGCUUCAGAAAAUGGAUUCGCGCUUGUACAUACACACUACGUUCAUCAGCAACGAGAUCCGCCUGGAGACCUUUUUUGACCCACGAUGGCGCAAACGCAUGUCGCUAACUCUUAAGAGUAACAAGAACAGGAUGGACUACCUUCACAUGAUCAUUGGCUUGUCCAUGAAGAUCUGUCAGAUGCGAAACAGCAGCAUCGACCCCAUGUUUUACGUGUACGUGAACCCAUUUAGUGGGAGCCAUUCGGAAGGGUGGAGCAUGCCCUUUGGUGAACAUGGCUACCCACGAUGGGAGAAGGUUCGCCUGCAGAAUUCACAGUGCUUCAACUGGACUCUUCUUCUCGGCAAUCGGUGGAAGACCUUCUUUGAGACGGUGCACAUCUACUUGCGCAGUAGGGCAAAGAUACCGACCGGGCUACGCAACGACACAGGCCCGGUUGAUCUUGCAGACCCAAACAAACGGCAGAUCUACAUCAAAAUAUCUGACAUCCAAGUGUUUGGCUACAGCCUGCGCUUCAACGCCGACCUGCUCCGCAGCGCUGUGCAGCAGGUGAACCAGUCGUACACUCAAGGAACUCAGUUCUAUUCAUCCUCGUCUGUUAUGCUCCUGCUACUGGACAUCCGGGAUCGAAUUAACCGUCUCGCUCCACCAUCUGCGCCUGGGAAACCUCAGCUCGACCUCUUUUCUUGUAUGCUGAAGCAUCGACUCAAGCUCAAUAACAGCGAGAUGAUUCGGGUCAAUCAUGCCUUGGACAUGUACAGCACAGAGAUACUAAAACAAUCAGAUCACCUGACUGCUAAACUCUGCUGAGCCCACACACCGGCAGAUCAAAGUCACCCAACAGAUGAACUACGAGAGGAUAAUGAUCUUGUGUCUCCUCUUUCUUGUUUUUGACUUUUUCUGCCUUUUUGAUGUAAGGUGACUUUGUAAUUCUUUCAAAAAAAAAAAUAUAUGAAAUGAAAAAGAGGAAGCGUUUCAGGCAGAUCAAGAUUGAAAAACUCUUAUGAGGACUGUAUCAUAUUUGUCCCAGCAUGUCUGUCAAUCCCUUAAAAACUAAAGUUGGAGAGAGGCGAAAAAAAUGAUGCAACAGAGGCCUUGAUUUUACUCUGAGGGAUCAAUGGUUACACCUGAAACUGCCAUUCUUCACUGAGAAGAACAUUUUUAAAAGGCACCGAACGAACGACGGAAGGUGUUUCCUUUUAGUUCAGCAGAACAACGGGCAAUUUCGUAUUCGAAAAAAGAUGUUUAUACAUUCAAAGUGGAAUAGCCCUAGUGAGUUAACACUCAACACAUUACUUAUAGAGUCUUUAUAACAUUUCAAAUCCACAUUGCUCUCUGUGAGUUAUGAGGUAAUCUGUCAUCGUUCGGACACCUGAGGCACACAGCAGGGCAGUAAUGGAUAGUCACGUCGAUUAACAAAAGCCAGCUGUUUAUAUAUACAUAUAUAUGUGGAUGAGUGCGUGAGUGCGUGUGAGCAUAAUCCUUUAGUUUCGCUUGACGCUUUAUUGCCGUUUAUUGAAUGUGUCAUUUGAGAUUGAUUCAGAUCAACGCUGACUCUUGCAUUUGGAGAAAAAAAAAAAGAAAAAAAAGCUUCUUCCUGUGUUUCAAGAUUCCAACUGUGUUUCUUUUCCUCUUUUUCUUUUUCACAAGGCAGUACCUCCUGGUGCGUGAGUGCAAUAUUGUGGUCUGAAGAUUUAACAAUCAAUGCUAUUUUGUACAGCUUUUGCGAAAUGUACAUGUCGUGAGUGCUGAUUUGUGGAGCUUGUUGGCACCAAAAGCAAAAUGUAAACGUUAGUCAUUCAGGCACAUUUACGACACAACUUGAAGCCAUACGUGUCCCGGGGGGUAAAGGCGUAAAAAUCCAUCCACCCCACUUCAAUGCUGAUUCAUGGAAUAUACCACUUACCUCUUUGUUUCUUUCAUCACUUGGUUUGGGAAAAGAGCACAGCAGAUGACAGUAACAGGCAAAUAUUGCUUGAAAGCCAUGCCAUUUUUAUGUUUCUAAGAAUAUAUUUAUCAAAUGUGAAGGGGAAAAAAAUAAAAAGAUUUAAAGUACAAUUCAGGAUCUCAACACAUUUUGGUUCUGUCAGAUCAAACAAAGGGGCCAUAGCACUAUUGAGAUUGGACUAGUUUUGACACAGGACGUCUGUGAUGUUCAGGAAGGGCACCUUAUUAAUGGUAUAUACAGGCUUCAGCUACACUUUAAUGCAGUGGUUCACAUUCACUAGAAAUAGCAAACAAUUUUGCUGAUAGUACCAGUAUUAAUGACGAUUUUGGAGACUGGACAAAUGUGCAUCACACCCAGGUUACUUAGGAUAAAGCUAAAGUUUAUUUGGUAGGGCACUAAAAUGCUCAUCCUGUCCAAAUAGUGUUGAGGAAGGAACCAUAUGUUCAUGUGCUAUUUCACCAGCUAUAAAUAUUUUCUCAAUUUAUUAUCAUUUUUAUGAAUAAAACAAAAGUCAUUGAGCCUAGGUCUGUUUUCUGUGACCAUUUACAAAAUAUAUAAAUUGAACCAUUUGUGUAAAUGGUCAAUUUUCACAUGCUGUUUUCUUUUUACAAACAGUAGAGGCACCUGGACUUUCAUGAGUUCCAAGGUCACCGUUGCCCCAUGUCUGGAUGAGCUUGCUAAGGGUUAGGUACAAAAGCUCAGUGGCAUUCUGGUCUUUUUAUGGGUGACUCUAGCAGCCUAUUUUAAUGAUUCGCCAAAAAAACAAAAAAGGUAUUAGAUAAAUAAAUAAACAAGGAACAACAGAUUUUGAAUGAUGACUAUUUUUCAUUUUUGAUUUUGUUGUUUUUGUUGUAUUUUUUUCAAAGAUUAAUUUAUUUAUGAUAAAAACGCAUAGAGAUUGGAUUGAUGCUUUGGAUACUUUUUCUCUUUUUUCCCCCAUGUCAGUUUGUCAUUACCUGUAGUGAUAACAGCACCAAGACACAUUUAGUAAAUGCAUAAAUGCAGACAGUGACAAAAGAAAAUAUCUUAGAAUUCUAGUAGGUGUAGCAGAUAGCAGAGCAAAGAAAAGUAUAUUUACAGAUUACAGCAGAGUGAAGACCUUAACUCUUCACAUUCUGUAUAGUCUUUAUUUACCUGACUCCUGUAAAAUAUUUCCAAAGUUAAUGCUCAAGCUAGCGCCUGUGCAGGGCUGGAAUUUAACUCACCUUCACUAAGGUUUACACUUCUGCUCUCAUUUGGAAAAAAACAAAACAGAAUUACAUUAAUAAAUGCAUUUUAGGAUUGCUAUUAUGAAUCGAAUAAUAAAUAAUAAUAAAACCUUUCCCCAGUGCUGAGCCAACAAAGUAUGAACAUUUCUCGGGAAGCAAAGUCAGUGGUCAUGAGUCUGACCCCUGGGAAAACAGGGCAUGUGUGAAGUUGCAUUUCCACGCGAUGCAUGGGUCACUUCACUAAUGUGAAGUAGACGCUAUACAAAUAAGGACUUGGGGACCUGUGGUCCAGUCACACAGUGAGUUAACUUUACUCCAUUGAAAUUACAUUUAUUUUUCCUGCGUCCUCUGGAAUAAACUAUUUACAUGCAUAAUAUAUCGUUUGAACACAUUUCAUUCGCAAUGCUAGCCUUUGGUAAAAUGGCUUUUAAUAGAGACUAUUUCAAAAUGGCCGGAUAUGUUUGGUUUGGGUGUAACUCAGCUUGUUUCACGUUUUCACAGGCAACUGCGAGGUAUGUGUUGUAGGUUGUUCUUUGUCCCGUGCUAAGUGUCACAUUUAUUUAUUUUCCUGAAUGGACUGUGCGACGCAAUGGUUUGAGGUAUUUCUGUUUUCACCACGGCAAUCGUUUUUGUCUGUCCUUGUAAAUACAUUGAUGUGGAACGCUUCUUUUUUCAAGUGCAAGUGAUAUACAGUCAGUCGACAUACUUGCAGCGCCCUACCCCAAAUUGAUCACAAAAUCACUCAUCCUUCACCCAGGACUGCAAUUUCCAAUUGAGUUAUAUCCACCUUUAUUUUAUUUAACUGUUGUUAUUAUUAAGUGCCUGUUAUUGAUCCCUUUAACAUUAGACAACAUUAUGGAUGUUCCAUUAAAGCGGGAAAAAUAUAGCCUUGAAUUUGAUCAAGUAUGAUUUAGUUCUCUUGUGCAUGAGGGUAAAGAGAUAGUUUCAAGACAGAUUUGUUUUUUCCUUUUUUGUUCCCACUGCAGUACAAAAACCCUGUAAAUAUUCAAACAUCAACGUUGCCUAUGUUUAAAGUGUACGUAAUGAUUGAAAGAGCAUUCAAAAAAAACUACACAUACAUUAGCACAAAGCACCCGAGACUCAUGUAAGGAAUCAAGGUUCCAGUUUCUGACUAUUGGUUUUUGAGUUUCCAGCUGCGCCGGAGUCCAUUGAACAAGCACAUUUGCUCAUACGCUUCACAGUGUUGCUUACCUGUAUCCAUGGAUGUGUCUGAGUUUCACACCUGAUACCUUGCCUAUGUACUUUUUUGCUGUUCUAUUGAGACCAUUAUAUCAGCUUCUUUCAAAUGAAUGUUUCAUAUAAUAAUCUAUUUCUCAUUAAAAGGCUAUAUUUAAUAAG